CAAAAACCCAACUUGGGUUUGACAAAAAAAAAAAGACACGAACUUUGGUUUCUUCGCCGGCGUGGGAGAGAAUAAAACGGCGUGGUUUCUUCUCCGACUUGGGCUCGCCGUGGGUCUUGUUUUGAGUGUCCGUCGUAGGAGAUUAACAUAUCGACAUUGGGUAAGGUUUCGUUAGGAGAUUAACAGAUCGACAUUAGGAGAUUAAAAGAUCAAAAUUGGCUCGCCGUGGGUCUCUGUCGGUUAAGGUUUGGCGAGUGUUGUUCUUCUUCCAACCGCAACUUCCUUCUUCGAUUAUUGUCAAUUUUAGACAUUUGCAAGAAGUUCUUUCUUCCAUUAUUGUCAAUUUUAGACCUUUGGAAUGGCUUCCUCGAGUACAGUCUCAAAAUAUUCUCCUCGCAUCUAUGAAGAAGGAAGAUCUCCCUUGCAAAACAGGAGCAUGAACCAUAAUUGCUAUUUGUCAAAAAUUGGGAAAAUGAAAGAGGGUUUAGGAUUGGAUGUGUGGCGUAAGUUGAAGGAAUCAUCGCUUGGAGUAUUUAUUAAGUUAGCUGAAGUAUCAUACACAUGGUCUCCUGCAAAAGUUCACUAUAUCCUUACACAUCAGCUAGCAGUCAACAAUUCGCAUGAGUCGGAGAACAUAGAUGUUGAUCAUCAUGCAUUUUGGAGAGAAAUGGAGAUUGAAACAACUUCAGACGGUCCAAAGUACACUGAGUUGGAAAAUGUUAUGGAUUUUAGUAAGACAUGGUCUAAAGAGAAAAGGAUGAUGGUUGGUAGGCUAAUCUUAUUAUCUGUUGCAAUACAUGGCAUACAUCAUGGCUCUAGGAUCCCUCUUCCAAGUGCUAAAAGGGUGUUUGAUCCAAAUGGUUUUGAAAAACAUCCUUGGGGUCGAGUGGCUUUUACUUGCUUAGUCAAUUCAGUCAAGAUUGUUGAUUUAGAUAAAGACUCUUACACGGUACAAGGAUGUGUGCAUGCUUUGUUGAUUUGGUUGUAUGAGAGUGUGCCUGGCAUUGGAAAACUGUAUGGGUUGAGAAGGUCUACGAGAACUGGCAUUCCUCUGCUUGAUUGGCAAUCAACACAGAAAGGUAUCAAGAUGAAUGAAUUGAUAGAGGAUGAGUAUUCUAAACAUGGACAGGUCCGUGUAAAGCAUAUGGUUCAUGUUUCAGAGGAUCAUAUGUAUCCUGAAUGGAGUGACGAUGAAGAGAAUAAGGAUCCAGCCCUAGACAAAUUGAUUAAUGAUAUUGUCCAUGAUUGCUUACCUUCAGAUGUUUGGAGAGUUGACAAAACAGUGAGCAUGGGAAGAAAAAAAACAAAAAGCUAAAGGAAAUGAGACUGGCGAGUGUCGAAGCAGUGCUAAGAAAUUGAAAACGAAAGCUGAUUUGUCAAUCGAUGAAGAAGGAGAAAAA